GGCACGUUCAGUCAUGGAUGUGGUAUACUUUAACUGGCUGGACUAUCUCGUUUUCGGCGCGAUGUUGGGCUUGUCAGCACUCAUCGGUAUAUAUUUUGCGUUCUUCGCUAAACGGAAACAGAAUACCACAUCCGAAUACCUAAUGGGUGGGAAGACUAUGGGAAUGUUUCCUAUAUCCAUGUCGUUAAUAGCUAGUUAUAUAUCGGGCAUAUCAUUACUCGGUCUGCCAGCAGAGAUGUAUACAUAUGGCACGCAACUUUGGGCCAUUGUGUUGUCUGAGUGGAUAGUUUCAGUUACCAUAGCAAUCGUCUACUUACCAGUCUUCUAUAACUUACAAAUAACGUCUACCUAUGAGUACUUGCGUCUCCGCUUUAACCAGAAUGUGCAGUUGUUGGGUUCGAUAAUAUUUAUUAUAAAAAUGUUACUCUACAUACCGAUCGUGAUAUAUGUGCCAGCUCUCGCUUUUAAUCAAGUAACGGGUAUUAAUCUACACUUGAUAACACCAAUCGUGUGCCUUGUGUGCAUUUUCUACACUACAUUAGGCGGCAUCAAAGCUGUUGUAUGGACGGAUACCCUACAAACAAUACUAAUGUAUUUUGGAGUUAUCUUCAUUGUGAUAUAUGGGACGUGGCGUAUAGGAGGUGUAGGAGAGGUGAUGAGGAUCAAUGAGGAGGGAGAUCGUUUGGAAUUCUUUAAUAUGGACCCGGACCCAACAAUUCGACACACCUUUUGGACUACAGUUAUUGGAAACUACUUCAGUUGGCUGGCAUCCUGCUCUGUAAACCAGGCAAUGGUGCAGAGAUGUCUCGCCCUUCCUUCGCUUAAGAAAGCACGCAUAACGAUCCUGAUAAUGGCGGUGGGUAUUUACGUGAUCGUCUCCCUCUGCUGCUACACGGGUCUCGUGGUGUAUGCUACAUUUGCCUCUUGUGACCCACUGACAACUGGCGCUAUCCGCAAGAGUGAUCAGCUCCUCCCUUACUUGGUGAUGACUAUCACUGGAUCCAUUCCUGCCCUUCCCGGGAUCUUCAUGAGUGGCGUGUUCAGUGCAGCCUUGAGUACAAUGUCGACCGGUCUCAACUCCAUGUGUGGUGUCAUAUUUGAAGACCUCAUCAGACCGGCGUAUAACAAACCAAUUUCGGAAAAAACUGCAAGUUUCAUAAUGAAAAUAAUUGUUGUUAUCAUAGGAGCAACGUGUGUGGCUUUAGUAUUACUGGUGGAGCAUAUGGGCGCUCUGAUCCAGGCGGGGAAAAGUCUUGCAGGCAUCACAGCUGGAAGCCUGCUUGGUCUCUUUACGAUGGGGCUCUUUAUGCCUUGGAUUAAUGCCUCUGGUGCACUAGCAGGAGGCAUCACAUCCACUCUUCUGGUUGGUUGGAUGUCACUUGGAACACAGGCGGCGAUGUUACGAGGUGACAUCGUGAUCGCUGCUAAACCAGUCAGUGUAGCCGGAUGUCCCGGAAAUAUUACCAUUCCCACAAUCAGUUCACAAAGUAGUAUUGAGUUUGACAGAUCGGGAACAUUUUUCUUGUAUAGAAUAAGUUAUUUCUACUAUACUUUAAUUGGAAUGUUGGUUUGUGUCUUCACUGGGACCAUUGUGUCGUUCUUCACUGACCCAAACGACCCUGCUAUGGUCCAUAGAGAUCUUUUAACGCCGGUGAUACAUCGCUUUUUGCCACUGCAAAGCCCUCAAUGUAUCAGGCCGAGGCUUACCCAACAUGACAUAGAACUACACGCCAGAGAAAUGGAGGAGUUGUGUGCACAAGCUGCCUUCAUGAAAGAAAAAUGCGCUGGCAUCGAUGAUUUAUAAAAACAAAAAUCAAAACUUGGUCAAUAACUUCUUAGCGUCUUUUCAACUUUAGACUCUUUUAUCCUAAAAUCUAUUUUGUAAACUGAGUUUACCUCAAAUGAUGCUAUUAAGUAUAAGAAAAUAUUAAAGAGGAAAUAAAUAAAUUUUAUGUUGUAAAACUAAUACUGCCGAUGUAUAAAUGUGUGCGUGUCUAUUAUAUUAUUACUUAAGUAAUCUUAGUAUAUUUUUGGUAUAAAACAGUUAAUUUCUCUUUACUCCCAUUGUCAACAGUUGUAUGAGCGCUUGGCUGCACGUAACACAAAUAAAGAUUAAAAAUUUUUGUUUUAUUACAAAAAAAAGAUUUUACAGAGACAAUAAUAUGUAUUGUAUGUAAAUAUGUAUUGAUAAUAUAAUAUUAUUAGGAAUUUCACCCCGCUGAGGACAAGCUAAGCCUUUAUAGGUUAACUGGAUUUAUAUCCAGCGGAAUAAUCUAUUACUUCAAAUGCAAAACGGCUUAAAAGUUUCAGUUCAGUAGGAAUGUAUAUUAUACUUUUUUUUGAAAAAUAAAUAACAAAGAAACAGUAUUAUAUUUAUAUGUAGA